AUGAACUCCCAAAGAGGUUUAACUUUUCUUUUCAAGAGACUUUCUUGUUUGGGACACACAAAAAAAAACACUGUUUUGUUAUCCGAGGAAGGAAAUAAAUUUGGUAGCGAAAAUUAUGAUGAUUUCAAACUUUAUGCUAAAUUAUUGAUUAUCCUUUUGGUCCCUUUUGUCUUUAUGUUACCUGAAGUGUAA